AUGACGCCUAAGGGAUCUCGAAAGAGAGUGAAGACCAGCCCUUCCGGCGGGGAUUCACCGGCUACACCUAGUGAUGGCCGAGACCGUUCAGACUCCCAGUCGCGAGGACCUAAUGCAAGCUGGUAUCCUGGAACCUGGGCAUCCGUCGCAAGAGUCCCCAAAGCAGCUCCAGUUACCGAGGUUGCCCGUGAAAGCAUUUCAGCCGCCAAAUCUGUAGCUUCGACGGUCACAAAGUCGUCAGCUUCUCUUCUUGAAACCCCUUCAAAGAGCCGAAACCCUUCCAUUCAGCUUACGCGAAAAGCGGGCGUAUCGACCAGAUCCCUGCCCGCUGACGCUACUACAACCCGGGUCAACAUUGCAUCCGAUGGUUCGGCUUCCACGACGGCCAUCGACGAUAGCGGAGAUCCCGGGCAUGUGAAACCAGCAACCUCCGAUAAAGAAGUCUCCGGUAAUCCCGAUACCAAAUCCCAAGAGGAGCCAACCAAAGAGCAGGAGACUUCCCCUACCGCGGAUCCUAGCACGUCGCAUGUUGGAUCUGCAGAGGGCCCUGAGCUGUCUGCUGGCUGGCUUUCAUGGAUAUAUGGACAGUCUGCUGCUAGUAAGGGUACUGCAAGUGGUCCGGAAUCCGCAGAAACCGCGGAGCGCCAGUCAGCUGAUCAAACAGCAGAGCAGGGUGCUCAACUUGCCGUGAAGGAGCCGACGCAGGAAGCAGAAGCAGACCUGGAACCGGAGCAGACAGAAGAUACUACUGAAGUUACACCCGCGGCGCAAAAGCGAUCGUGGCUUCAGAUGUGGUACGGUUCGAACACAUUAAACAAGCAAGAAGAGCCGUCAUCUGCAACCCCUGCGGCUUUACCCCCGGCGAAUGAUAACAUCGCCGACGACCAGAACACAACCAUGGCGCCAAAAGAUCUACCAGAGGAUCCAAGAGAGCCGAACGGUGGGUCCCAGACCCCCGUCACAACUACAAGAUCAUCCGGCUGGUCAUUCUGGUCGAAAGAUCCAAACAAAGAUAGCCUCUCGGAUAAAUUGCAAGAAGGCGAAGCAAUCGAGGCAUCAAGAGAACCGAAUCCACCGUCGAAAACCAACACGCUCGAGCCAGACACCGAUGCAAAUAUAAAAAUUACCCAGCAGGGCAGCAUCAAAGUCAAGCCGCCGAAGGACAACCGUCUCAAGGAUGAACCCAUGUCCAUUACCGACAUACCAUCUGUCGAACCUCGGCCCGCCGACACAACAGCCUCAAAACAAUUACAAAGGGUCCUCCCAAACCAAGUCCUGCCCAAUUUCCAAGAAACCUACGCAUUCGAGGAAUCACCCUCGAUCCUGCAGAGUCUUGGCCGACUCCUGCAUUAUGGCAAGGGUCAGAAUAUCCAACAUGUGAGCAGGGUCAAAGAACCGCUCCGUGUUAAACGUGCGCUAGCGAUCGGUGUGCAUGGAUACUUCCCAGCGCCUUUUAUUCGCAGCGUCCUUGGACAGCCAACGGGGACCUCCAUCCGGUUCUCCAAUAUGGCAGCAGAUGCGAUUCGGAAAUACACAGAGAGCCAUGGCUACACCUGCGAAAUCGAAAAGAUCGCCCUGGAAGGCGAAGGCCGCAUCACGGAGCGCGUUGAUCUCCUCUGGAAACUGCUGCUCAAUUGGAUGGAUGAGAUUCGCAAGGCUGAUUUCGUCAUGAUCGCAUGCCACAGUCAAGGCGUGCCAGUGGGAAUCAUGCUGGUUGCCAAACUCAUACAGUUCGGCUGUCUGGAUGCUAAACGAGUCGGCAUCUGCGCCAUGGCUGGAGUGAACCUUGGGCCUUUCCCGGAUUAUCGCUCGCGGUGGAUCAGCGGGUCUGCUGGAGAGCUGUUCGAGUUUGCGUUGCCUUUCAGCAAAGUCUCAAAAGAAUACGAGGCUGCUCUGAAAUGUGCUCUGGACUUCGGUGUCCGCAUCUCUUACAUUGGAAGUAUUGACGAUCAACUUGUUUCUCUGGAAUCUUCGCUCUUCUCCCCCAUCGUCCAUCCUUACGUCUACCGCGCCGUCUUCGUCGAUGGCCGCGUCCACGCCCCCAGCUUCUUAUCCCAUCUAGUCGGAUUCACCCUCAAGCUCCGCAACCUCGGCAUCUCAGAUCACGGUCUCAUCCGCGAACUCAGCACCCCACUAGCAGGCAGUCUAUACAGCGGAGAAGGUCAUUCGCGCCUGUACGACGACGAAGCCGUCUACUCAAUGGCCAUCGAAUUCGCCCUAGAGACCUCUUCCAUCCCGGACUCAACCCUCAGCAUCAAGCGCGCCACCAGCUCAACAACCCCAAACCCGUACAUUCUCCCCUUUGCAAUGCGCGGCCUGCUGGAAGAGGAGUACGUGCGGCGCGAGCUGCACAGCGAGAUGAUGGAGUUACUCCGGCAGUUUGAUGACUGGAAGCCGUCCAGCAAGGUUUUGAAGGAUGUCAAGUUCCGACUAGAGGGCAUCCGAUCCAAGCUCUAG